AUGGCGACCAACAGCGGGCGAGGCAAUCCAAUUGGGGCGAGUGAGGGUCUCGCAGAAAACACCGGCACGCCUCCCUCGAUUCCGGCCGCUGCCAAGCAGGAGCUCGCCAAUGCCACUCAAACUGGCACCGCUGGAGCCCACGCCUCCGGUACCGAUGCCGGCACGGCGCCGGCGGCCGGCGGUCCUCCCAAGGUGAAGACGGAGAAGGAGUUGGAAAAGGAGCGCAAAAAGGCCGAGAAGGCUGCCAAGCUCGAGGCAAAGAAGUCGAGGGCUGCUCAGAUAGCUGCCAAUCCCGCAAAAGAGAAAAAGGCAAAGGAGAAGAAGGAGGAAGAGGUCAUUCCAGACUACGUCGAGGACACGCCCGCCGGGGAGAAGAAACGCAUUCGCCCCUUUGACGACCCCAACUUCAAAGCAUACGAUCCCAUCGCCGUUGAGUCGGCUUGGUACGAGUGGUGGGAAAAGGAGGGCUUUUUCAAGCCCGAGUUUACUGCCGACGGCAAGGUCAAGGACGAGGGAAGCUUUGUCAUUGUCCACCCGCCGCCCAAUGUCACCGGUUCUCUCCACAUGGGCCACGCUCUGGGCGACUCGCUGCAGGACGUCAUGAUCAGAUGGAGCAGGAUGAACGGAAAGACGACCCUCUGGGUCCCCGGCUGCGACCACGCCGGGAUUUCGACGCAGAGCGUCGUCGAGAACAUGCUCUGGAGGCGGCAGCAGAAGACGCGACACGACCUCGGCCGGACCAAGUUUGUCGAAACUGUCUGGGAGUGGAAGGAGGACUACCACAAGCGAAUCAACAAGGUGUUGAAGCGCAUGGGUGGUUCGUUUGACUGGAGCCGAGAGGCUUUCACCAUGGAUGCCAACCUGUCGGCGGCCGUGGCCGAAACCUUUGUCCAGCUUCACGAGGAGGGCAUCAUCUACCGAGCAAACAGGCUUGUUAACUGGUGCACCAAGUUGAAUACCGCCCUCUCCAACCUCGAGGUCGUCAACAAGGAGCUACCGGGGCGCACGCUCCUCGAUGUUCCUGGCUACGACAAAAAGGUCGAGUUUGGUGUCAUUGUUCACUUCAAAUACCCUGUCGAGGGCUCCGAUGAGACUCUGGAGGUGGCCACGACCCGUGUUGAGACCAUGCUCGGUGACACGGGCAUCGCUGUCCACCCCAACGACUCACGAUACAAGCACCUGGUGGGCAAAUUCGCAACUCACCCAUUCAUCGAGGACCGCAAGCUGCCCAUUGUUGCCGACGAGUACGUCGACAUGGAGUUUGGCACGGGUGCCGUGAAGCUCACCCCAGCACACGACCCCAACGACUUCAACUUGGGCCAGAAGCACAAGCUCGAGUUUAUCAACAUCCUGACCGACGAUGGCCUCAUGAACGACAACGCCGGCCCUUACAGGGGUCAGAAACGCUUCGACGUCCGGUACGCCAUCCAGGACGCACUCAAGGAAAGGGGGUUGUAUGUGGACAAAAAGGACAACCCCAUGACUGUCCCGCUUUGCGACAAGUCUAAGGACAUCAUUGAGCCCAUCAUGAAGCCUCAGUGGUGGGUUCGGAUGAAGGAGUUGGCUGAGCCAGCUAUGCAGGUGGUACGAGACGGCCAGGUCAAGAUUAGACCCGACGCUGCCGAGAGGAGCUACUUCCGCUGGCUGGAGGAUAUCAACGACUGGUGCAUCAGCAGACAGCUAUGGUGGGGACACCGCUGCCCGGUCUACUUUGCCAAGAUCGAAGGGGGUUCCGGCGAUAUCCCAGAGGACAAGCUUUGGUUCUCAGGGCGAACUAGGGAAGAGGCCGAAAAGAAGGCCGCAGCCGCUCUUCCCGGGAAGAAGUUUGUCCUGGAGCAGGACGAGGACGUUAUGGAUACUUGGUUCUCUUCAGCCUUGUGGCCCUUUAGCACGCUUGGGUGGCCCAACAAGACGCACGAUCUCGAGACGCUGUACCCCACGUCGAUCCUCGAGACAGGGUGGGACAUUCUCUUCUUCUGGAUUGCCCGCAUGAUUACUGUUGGCCUCAAGAUGACUGGAAAGAUCCCUUUCAAAGAAGUCUACUGUCAUAGUCUCGUCCGAGACUCCGAGGGCCGCAAGAUGAGCAAGAGCUUGGGCAACGUCAUCGACCCCUUGGACGUCAUAUUUGGUACCAAGCUUGAGGACCUGCACGAGAAGUUGUACCAGGGAAAUCUACACCCCAACGAGUGCGGUGCGGACGCGAUGCGCUUCACCAUGGUCAACGCCACUACUGGCAGCGGAGGAGAUAUCAACCUGGAGAUCAAGGUGGUUCAUGGCUACCGCAAGUUCUGCAACAAAAUCUUCCAAGCCACCAAAUACGUCUUGGGCAGUCUUCCGCAGGGCUUCACCCCAUCCAAGGACGGGGCUGUGCGAGGAAAGUCAUUGGCAGAGCGGUGGAUCCUCCACAAGAUGAACAGCGCAGCGAGAGACAUCAACGCGGCCCUGGCCGAGCGCGAAUUCUCAAAGUCGACCAUCAUCGUGUAUCGCUAUUGGUACGCCGAGCUGUGUGACGUCUACAUUGAGAAUUCAAAGUCCAUCAUCCGCGACGGGACCGAAGAGGAGCGCAACUCGGCCAUCCAGACGCUGUACACGGCCCUGGAGGCAGCCCUGACGAUGAUCCACCCGUUCAUGCCCUUCAUCACCGAGGAGAUGUGGCAGCGGAUGCCUCGAAGGCCGGGCGAUAAGACCAAGUCCAUCAUGAUCGCCCGGUACCCCCAGUACAACGCCGCUCUCGAUGACCCGGAGUCGGAGGCCACCUACGAGCUCGUUCUAGGCUGCGUAAGGGCUGCUCGGUCCCUUAUGUCCGAGUACUCUCUCAAGAGUGACGCUGAUGUCAUCAUCCAAACGUACAAUGAGACGGCGCUCAGGAACUGCAACGAUGAAGUGGCGUCAAUCAAGUCGCUGAGCGGCAAGGCCGUCAAGGACAUCAAGGUCCUUGGGCCCGACGCGCCCCGUCCCGCGGGCUGCGUUGCCUACCCGGUGUCGACGAGCGCGGCCGUCUUCGUGUACGUCAAGGGCCGCGUCGACAUGGACGCCGAGAUUGUCAAGGCGCAGAAGCGGCUCGACAAGGCUCGGGCCACGGUGCAGAGGCAGGAGAAGAUCUUGGCGGAUGCCGGGUACAAGGAGAAGGUGUCAGCGGCAGUGCAGGAGGCGGAUCAGCAGCGGCUGGCGGAGGCCAAGCAGGAGGAGCACAGCUUCCUCGAGACGAUUAAGCAGUUUGAGCAGCUGAAGCUCGAGUAG